AAUAAUAAUAAUAAUAAUAAUAAUAAUAAUAAUAAUAAUAAUAAUAGUAGUAGUAGUAGUAGUAGUAGUAGUAAUAGUAGUAGUAGUAGUAGUAGAUAUGCUGAUGACUCUGAUUCUAGUGAGAGCAAUUCCAACCAGCACCCUGGGGCACCAGGUAGUUCCAGUGAUUCAAAUGAUGAGGAAUCAGAACAAUCGAGCCACUCAGAACAAUCAAGCCCUGGAAGCCCAGGGGGUUCAAAUGGAUCCCAAGACUCCAGCAACACGGAUGACUCCAGCAACACGGAUGACUCCAGUAGCUCAAGUGGCUCUAGUGAUUCUAGUGACUCUAGUGAUUCAAGCAGCUCCAGUGAUUCAAGCAGCUCCAGUGCCUCUAGUGAUUCGAGCAGCUCCAGUGAUUCAAGCAGCUCCAGUGACUCCAGUGAUUCGAGCAGCUCCAGUGACUCCAGUGAUUCGAGCAGCUCCAGUGACUCCAGUGAUUCGAGCAGCUCCAGUGACUCCAGUGAUUCAAGCAGCUCCAGUGACUCCAGUGAUUCGAGCAGCUCCAGUGACUCCAGUGAUUCAAGCAGCUCCAGUGGCUCCAGUGAUUCAAGCAGCUCCAGUGACUCCAGUGAUUCAAGCAGCUCCAGUGACUCCAGUGAUUCAAGCAGCUCCAGUGAUUCAAGCAGCUCCAGUGACUCUAGUGAUUCAAACAGCUCUAGUGACUCCAGUGAUUCUAGCACUUCCAGUGAUUCAAGCAGCUCCAGUGACUCCAGUGAUUCCAACAGUUCUAGUGCUUCCAGUGAUUCAAGCAGCUCCAGUGACUCCAGUGAUUCCAACAGUUCCAGUGCUUCCAGUGAUUCAAGCAGCUCUAGUGAUUCCAGUGACUCGAGCAGCUCCAGUGCCUCUAGUGAUUCAAGCAGCUCCAGUGAGUCAAGCAGCUCCAGUGACUCCAGUGAUUCAAGUAGCUCCAGUGACUCCAGUGAUUCCAGCAGCUCCAGUGACUCCAGUGAUUCAAGCAGCUCCAGUGCCUCUAGUGAUUCUGGAGAUUCUAGCGACUCAUCUAGCAGCUCAAGUAGCUCCAGUAAUUCUAGUGAUUCCAACAGCUCCAGUGAUUCAAAUGAUUCCAGUGCCUCUAGUGAUUCUGGUGAUUCUUCUGAGUCCAGUAGCUCUAGUGAUUCCAAUAGUCCAAGCGAUUCCAGCAGCUCCAGUGCUUCCAAUGCCUCCGAUGAUUCUAAUGGCAAUAGCAGUUCCAGUGAUUCUGGCAAUUCCAGUAAUUCCAGCAGUUCAAAAUAA